AUGGCCUCCACGGAGUUCCAGCGUGCAAGCCAGGCGCUGGAGGAGCUGGAGGCCCGUCUUGACGAGCUGGCGCCUCCUUCCGACGAGGCUGCAGAUUGGGUGCUCCUCGCCUCCACCAGCGCCGCCGAGCGCGACAUCUCGGUUGAUGCAAAGCUAGACGUCUGGAAGGAGCCUCAGCGACAGGCCUUCGCCGAUGCCGAAGACCGGCCCCGCGGCCUUGCUGUUUGA